CAGCGGAUGUUCCAAGCGACGCAUUUCUUCUAUUUUAAAGGCACCACGGAAAUCAUUAUUACUGCGGGACUCAGAGCAACAAGAAAAUGAGGUGGAAACUGCCAAACCGGUUGAAAAGAGAAAUUCGAGGAGAGUGAGUUUUGCUCCAGCCAACGACGUUCUGCUGUUUGCCAAGGAUGCUAAGAAUGCUUCGCCUGCACGUAACCCUCUUCAAGAGCUAAUGGCACCAGCCACUGCAACAACACAAAACAGGGUUCAGGUGGUGACAGCUGAGGACACAAGCCCACAGAUCAUGGGCAUAGACACCCUGCUGAAUGCUCCUCUACAUACGUCUCAACAAAGAAUAAUGGUCCACUUUGACAGCGGCAGUGGCAUUGGGGAGAACACAGUGGUGUUUUCCACAGAGGACGCCGACAUGGACGUGACUCACAGUCACACCAUAAACAUCAAGAGUGAUGCAGAUCUGCUUGGAGAUCCAGACCAUCAGAACUACGAUCUGCUGCUCUCAGGAGGGGGGAACGUAGCCGAUGUUUUCACAGAAGUGCCUCCCAGGCAUUUUGUACAAGGAGCAAAUCAGGCGUCAGCAUCACUGCUGGAUAAAAAAGCAGAUUCAAGUGUGGAAACGAGAACCGUUUUCACAGCGGCUCCUCUUUUGGAUCCUGGCUUUAAAGACUUCCUCUCAAGCCUCUCCAAACUGAGUCCAUCCAGCACCGGGAUGACACUUUUAACCUCYGACGACAUAAAAUCAUCUCUGGCUGCRGACAUUGACAAAGAAAAUCAGRUKCCAAAAUCUCAGAGCAGCAGCAGGAAUACUGGAGAAUCYUUUAAUGGAAGUGGUUUCCGUCCAGACGAUGAUGUGAGCAUGGACGAGACUGACGCUCAGAACGGCUGCAUUCUGGACGACAACGACGACGAUCCUUUUCAGUGUCUCUUUCCAACUCAAGAGAUGUACGAAAAGUCUGAAAGACAGUCACAAGCCAGAGGAACGAACCAGCAACAGAGCUGUGACAGCCUGGAGUCGAACGACCGAAAAGCCAAGAAAUCUUUAAUAAACCUUUCUGUACUCACUCCUCUUGAAAGCCAUAAGGUUUGCUCAGGUUUAAUAAACGACUUCAGAGAGAAAACGGUUGUGUUCACUGCAGAUGAUUUUAUGGACAUCACUCAGAAUCUGACGGGAAGCAUCGCCGGCGCCGACCGCUCCCUGCUGCAGCACAAAAUCCCAACGGAUGACAUCGACCGAGAGAACUACCCAAACAGGAGCGGUGUCGACCCGGCAGCUCCUGUCAAACCUGGAGGGGAUUUCAGCACGAAUAUGACUGGAGCUCAAACAGCCCUGGGAUCAGAUGAUGUKUUUCAGUUUCUCCUUCCUUCAGAAGAAAUGCAGCGUCUCCGUCAAAGUCAGAAAAAGGAAAUCUUUGCAUUAGGACAGCAGCACAKUGAUGGACCACAGUCAUCUGAUCAUAAAGGUUUGGAAACCUCCUCAAAGCUGAACAUGGAGCCACAAAGGCAUCAGUUGAUGGAUAAAGUUGCAGCUCCAGAUGACUACAGAGAAAAAACGUUGCGGUUUUCUGCUGAUGACGACAGUUUGGACGUGACACUGAGUCACACCGUACACACCUCCACUAACAUCAAACCGAAUCCRCUCCAAAACGUCAACAUGGCGCCCUCAUGCGAGGAGAAAUCCAUCAGAUUCUAUGCUGACGACGUCACAAUGGAUAUGACUCAGUGCCUCACCACGAAUAUAGCCACAGAUUUAGCAACAGACAAAUUUUCAUCCUUACUCAGUUUAUCAACACCAAACGAUUGCAACGUUGAUCCAACAAUGAUGGCUGAUGGAUUCACAGUUUAUCUGGAAGACAACAUGGACAUGACUGAAGCUCAGACAGGAYGCAUUUUGGAAGCUGAAGUGAGCGAAGAAAUGCUACAUAAACACGAGUCCCUUCAGGCUGUUUUACCCACUGAAGCUAAGCUCCGUCAACGUGUUCAUGGGAAGACAGAGAGGAACUUGCAUCAUCAGCAUAAAGAAGGAUUUGGAGCAUCAGAUUAUACAGAAACUUCAACAAAGACCUCUCUCAAGACAAUAAUACAAAGARACCAGGUUGAGUUUGGRWCUAAAGAUGACGGCAGAGAGAAAACCGUGAGAUUUGACGCGACUGAUGUCUGCAUGGAUGUGACUCGAUGCAAYGCGAUGGACAUUAGCAGUGAUUUCCAACUUCCAAACCAGGAUUUGGCUGCAGAUGGAGAGAAAACCGUAAGAUUCGGUGCAAAUGAUGCAGAAAUGGAUGUGACCAAAAGCCACACAGUAAAUAUUCUGAGCGAUUUACCUCUGCAGUCUUUCACAAACGUGGCCUUACCUGCAAAUGGAGAGAAAACGGUGMGGUUCARUGCAAAUGACGCAGCAAUGGAUAUAACGAGAAGUCACACGGUGGACAUUGCUCAUGAUUUAAAUGUGCUUGUACAUAAAAAAGAGGAUUGCUUACCUGCUGAAUGUGAGAGAACACAGAGGUUUGGUGCAAGUGUUGCAGAAAUGGAUGUSACCAAAAGCCACACAGUGAAUAUUAUGAGGGAUUUGCCUUUGCAGUCUUUCCCAAAUGUGGCCAUUCCUUCAAAUGAAGAGAAAACUGAGCGUUUCAUUUCAAAUGAUGCAGCAAUUGAUGUGACGAGAAGUCACACUGUCAAGAUUUUCACCGAUGUAAAAAUGGCCUCAAGCCAAAACGAGAACUUGCUGCCUGCUGGUGGAGAGAAGACGGUGAGGUUCAAUACAAAUGAUGCAGCCAUGGAUAUAACRAAAAGUCACACUGUGAACAUCGUACAUGAUUUAGACCUGCUUCCACACCAAAACCUGGACGCAACUUUACCCRCUGAUUCUGAGAGAACUGUAAGGUUUGGGCUAAACGACCCAGAAAUGGAUGUGACCAAAAGCCACRCAGUAAAUAUUAGGAGGGAUUUGUCACUGCGGUCUUUCCCAAAUUUGACCAUGCCUUCAAAUGRAGAGAAAACGGUGCGGUUCAGUGUAAAUGAGGCAGCCAUGGAGGUGACCAGAAGUCACACUGUGAACAUCGUACACGAUUUAGACCUGCUUCCACACCAAAACCUGGACGCGUUACCUGCUGAUGRUGAGAGAACUGUAAGGUUUGGGGUAAACGAUAAAGACAUGGAAUCGACAAAAAUUCUGACGGGGAAGGUUCUUGUGAAUUCAAAUGUGUUGUCAGACCAAAUUGUCAACUCGCCGUCUGCUAAAGAAGAGAAACUGGGUUGGCUGGCAGCAAAUGAUGUUACUAUGGAUAUUACCCGAAGCCACACUGUAAGCAUCGUCACGGAUUUCGACCAGAGUACGGACUCUUCUCCCACUGACACAGAGAGGAUAAGCAACACCUUUGUGGAUGAGACAGGAAGUGACACAAAAAGCAUUUCGAAGAAUUAUAAACUAGCGUURCGUCACAACGUCAAAUUGUUGCCGAAAUCUGGAGAGAAAACCACAAAAUUCACAACAAAUAAUGCAACUAUGAAUAUGACUCACUGCCCUAGUGUAAAUAUUGUCCAUAAUCCCCUAUUACACCCUGUUAUGUCAGAUCAAAACUCUGAGAACAUGAACGAUACCCUCAMUAUGAAGGAAACGGACAGUGGGAACUGUGGUCUGGAUUCAAAUCCGUCUCCAUCAACACAAUCCGAUCUGUUUCAGACGAGCUGUGCCCAGGUUGAGGCUAACAGAAACACACCAUCAUGUCCAGACUCAAGUCAUUCCCUCUGUAAAACACAGGAACCCGACACUGGUCCUGAAAAUGAAUCCUCAAGCUUGGGCUCAGAUGUGGGCAAGCCGAUAAAUAAAACCAAAACCGACACUGAGGAAAUCUGUGCAAGCCUGGAUCAAACUGAUCCAUUGGCGUCAUCUACAGGUGAUCCAUCUCAAGGUGUUUCUUCCAAACAAAACCCUCAUUCAAAAAGUUUMAAGGAAUCUGUGUCUGAUGAACAUCGACCUGGAGCAGAAACACAGGCCGUAUCACAGAAGAUGGAAAGCUCACCCAGUAACUCAGAUCAAAAUGCCGAUGUUCUGUCUUCGCGGAUGUCCAGACGAAAGAGUUUAGCGGAUCUCCAGUCCAAAGUGAAACGCUUGAGCCAGUUGAUAAAUGCGGCUCCUGAUCCUGCUGCUGUGGAAAUCUGCACAGCUUCAUUGCUUCAUCUGGAUCCCAAACUGGAAACGAAUCCCAAUGAUGCAGAAGCAGAACCACCACUCUCUGUUGCAACCAUUUCAACUCCUUUCAGCUUAAAGACGAAACAGCUGAUGUCAAGGCUGUCAGUGGGAGGCUUUAAACCAAAACUCCCUAAAAGAAACACAGCAGAUGAGUUGAAUAAAUCUGCUGUUAAAGAACCUAUAAAGACAUUCACUGUCAGCGUUCCCAAUCAGCUGAGCCAAUUUGACAAAAUCACUGAUAUUCACGAUGAAGAACUGGUKGACUGCGAAGAUUUUUCUGAAACGAUUGACACCAUGACUCCUGAGAAGUUCUCUAAGAAGGACAACUCGUCCGAUCAGUUCUCCACGUUCCAGCCUUUGGAGGAAGAUAUUGCUUACAUGGAUGACUUYGUGUCCAGCAGCCAGAGACAAAAGAGGUCUCUGGUGGAAAAUGAAGACGAGACGGAGGAGGAUGAGAAGMGGAAGAAGAUGUGCACAGAGUUCACUGAACCGGCAUCUGAGUCUGAUGUUGACUAUGAAAGCAACAUGGCCGCUGCUCGUACGCAGACCAUCGACUCGCAUACAAACACAAAUAGCAGAUGUGAAAUUGCAUCAGAGUCAACUUUCAAACACAGCCUGUUUGAAUCCCAGCUUGAAGACUACGGYAGCGAUGCACAAAAAAAACUCGAAGAUGGCACAAUUACAGUUUUGGAGUUCUUCAAUCUCUUCAGCAUAGAUUUUGUCAUCCAUAAUCCUCGGCAGAGCGUCCUUCCUGGCAGACUUCUGGACAACUCAAAUGCAACGGCAUUGGAUUUAUUAAAAGAUAAACAUAUAAGCCGUCCUAAACAAACGGUUUAUGAGGCAGAUGUCAAGACCCUCACAGAAAAAGUGGAAGGGCUGAAGUAUCGAAUGCAAGAUUUAGGAAAACCUCUUAAGACUGUAAAUAGAUCUUUGUGGGAGGAAGUGAAUCAUUUCACAGAGAAAAAGGUACUAAAGAAUGAAUCUUAUUUGUUUCAUGAAUCCGAUAGUGAACUUCCACAAUUUAAUCAGGUUUAUGUGUGUGUGUGUGUGGGUGUGUGUAACCUUUCUAUAUUCGUCUCAGAUCCAGUAGGUUGACUUCAUUACAGGUUUACUGUAUUUAUUCGAACAACAGAGGAUAUUGGUUGACGUCAGUCCAGCAGCUUCUGCCCCUAAACAUUAAAUAAAAUAUAAUAAAUAAUCCUAAACAAACUACAAAGCAAUAUCUCUCGAUAAGCAGUUAAGUUGUACAUUUUUAACUGUUAAUAAUGUUAAAAGUUAAAAACAUACACAAAACUUAGCAAAAUUACU